AUGCGGCAUUCCCCCCUCCACCUCCUGCAACGUCUUCCCUUGAAAACGCCUGCUCGCUACUUCACAAAAGGCGACCUGGUGCUUCUGCGCGAGAAAAAGGAUACCCAUGAUGGCCGUCUUGUCAAGCUACAAGCCUCAAAAUCUACGGGUACGCAUUUGGGCGUCGUCCAGCAUGCCGACAUAAUUGGCAGGCAGCCGCGCCAAAUAGUCCAAUCCAACAAAGGCGCCUCAUACCGCAUCCAUGAUCCUACCUUGGCCGAAUAUGUCAGGCUUACACCCCGUCUUGUCACUCCGAUCUACCCCUCCGAUGCCAAUCUCAUCAUCUCGCUGUUCGACAUCAACGUAGACAGGCCCUCUGCUGGCUUGAGCACAGAUCCGCCACUUGAAAUACUCGAAGCUGGUACUGGCCAUGGGGCCUUGACCCUCCAUCUUUCGCGAGCCAUACAUGCCGCAAAUCCCCCAAUUCCGAGAGCGCCCGCUCAUAGUGGCAGCGAAGACGGCCCAGAAGACGCCGUCUAUCUCGGCGAGUCUGUAAGCGAUCUACAGCACUCGUACUUGGAGUCGUGGAAGCAAAGUCGGCGCGCCAUUCUACAUACGCUUGAUAUAUCGCCCAAGUACUCUCAGCACGCAAAGAAGAUUGUUGAAGGCUUCCGCCACGGCAUGUAUGCGGCAAACGUCGACUUUCACGUUGGAGACGUGUCCGACUGGAUCUCCAAGCAGAGAAGGACGAGAAGAACUCAACAGCCCUUCCUGAGCCAUGUCUUUCUUGACCUUCCUAAUCCAACUCAUCACCUCCCGAACGUAGCUCCUGUCCUGCACGUCAACGGUCUACUCGCCGUCUUCAAUCCCAGCAUAACCCAGGUUGCCGAGUGUGUCGAAGCAAUCCGCGAGCAGAAGUUGCCAUAUUUGCUCGAACAAGUCGUCGAGCUUGGUGCAGGGACAAUACGCGAAUGGGAUGUCCGCGCCGUCAAGCCAAGAGCAACUCUACAAAAGUCAAGCGCAGAGCAGACUUCAGCCCCAUCAGGCAAUAGAAGUCAAGACUCGGAAACUGAGCAAGCCUCCAGAGAUGGCGAGCUCGAAGCAGCUUUGAAUAAGCAGAAAGAAGAAGAAGAAGAAAAAUGGGCCAUGGUGUGUCGUCCCAAAGCCGGUCAGCAAGUCAUCGGAGGUGGCUUCCUAGGCCUAUGGCGCCGCAUGGAACAGUCUACUUGA